AUGGUAAAUUUAAACAAACGAGUGUUUUGGCAUUUUACAUUUAAAGACAUAUUAACUAUUCUGUGUUCAGCUGCUAUACCUAUAGCUCUUGCUAUUUAUACUGCAAUUGGAUCUCAACAGCAAAAGCGAGAAGCUGAAAGAACACGACAGUUUGAUUUGGAACAAUCAGCACAAUUGAGACAACAAACACUUUAUGAUGAAUUCUUAAAUAAUAUCUAUAAGUUAGAUAAAGAUGAUUAUCUCAAUGACACAAAAAAUCCAUGGGCAUUUGCAAAUGCAUAUUAUCGUGCUGCUCAUCGUCAAUGGGAUACAAUACGUAAAGCAGAUGUUAUACAAUUUCUGAAAGAAAAACAACUAAUUGGUAGAAAUAAUUGUACUAAUGGAUGUAGAACAACAAAUCUAGAUGAUAUAAUCCGCUUGAAUGAGUUAAAUUUUGAUAAUGUACAUUUAGAAAGUCAAACUGGUACAUUACAUCAAUUGAAUUUACAAUGUGUUUCUUUUGAUCAGGUAUCGAUGUCAAAUGCAGUAUUUUCAUUUGCUAGUUUAAAUGGUGUGUCAUUUGAUGGAGGGCGACUAGAUAACGUUAAAUUUGAUGGUUCAUCUUUACUUUGUGCUAGUUUCAAUGGUGUCAAUCUAUCGGGUGCAGAUUUUGGAAACUCUGAUCUGACAGGUGCACAGUUUUUAAAUAGUGAUUUGUCAGGAGUUAAAAUAUCGGAAGAUCAAAUAAAACAAGCAUAUUUUCAUAACGUGAUUAUGCCAAACAGAGAGGAGAGUGAAAUUAAACCCUCAACAACAACAAAAAAGCCUAUAACACGAACAACAACAACACUAAUAAAAAACGAAAUGUCAACGACAACAUCAUCAUCGUCAUCGUUAACAACAACAACAACAACAACUACAACAACAACAACAACUACAACAACUACUACAACUACAACAUCAUGCGGUCAGUAA